AUGGCCGAAGCAGGAGGGUAUGUUUUCUUUCCAUUAUUGAAAAAGCUUAUUUCAUCAUUUUUAGAAAAAAAUAAGGCGAAGCAGUUUUUUUCUUUUUUUAAAGGUGUUUUUAUACGGUAUAUCGUCUUUUCCAUACAUUUAAUAACAUUUUCAUCUCAGUAAAUAAACCAACAAUCAUGAAAUAAAGUACUUCCACAAGGAAAAAUUUGAAUUUCCUUAAUUGUUUGGAACGAAAGGAAAGCUUCUUGAGGUACUCAAAUUUGUUAGUUUUUUCAUAAUUGGUAAUAUUCAAAUUGAAAAAUUUUUCAAGUGAAAUGAAAAUAUCGAAUUUUUUAGUUUGAAUCAGGGAACAACUAAAUUCAAUAAUUCUCUAAUUCGCAUUAACUAGAAUCAAAAUUUUUUUUUUUCUAGCAUUUAGCAUAUGAAUGCUGUUUGUUACAUUUUGAUUACAAACUUGUAUUUCAAAUGCUAAAAAAUCAGGUCUUCCUGCCACACGUGAGUAUGUUCAAAAUGCUUGUGUUCCAAAGGAGUUCCAACAAGUUUAUAUAAAUUUUGAGCUUUUUUUUUUGUCUUAUUUCAGUCUUUGCAUAAUUAUAAGUUUAGAGAUGAAGUCAAGGUCGAGCCCGCGGCAGCUCCGGUCAACGCCCAAAUGGACGUCCAGACCGCGUUGAAGGCUGUUCUUCGCGCCGCUCACUACGCUGACGGUCUUGCUAAGGGACUCCACGAGGCCGCUAAAGCGCUUGAUAAGUAAGGAAGAUUUAAAAUAAUGUUUUUUCGCGCAUGUCAAUUGUUUUAUACGUUAUUGUGUAAAGCAGGUCGUAGUGCGCAAAACUAUCAAGGCUUCCUGCCACACGUGUGCUUGUGAUCAAAAGCAUGUGUUCCAAAGGAGUUUCUGACAAUUUCAAUCUCAGUUUUUCAGGCGUGAGGCUCACUUCUGCGUUCUUGCCGAGAACUGCGACGAACCUCAGUAUGUGAAGCUCGUCGAGGCCCUCUGCAACGAGCACAACAUCCCUCUGAUCAAGGUUGCCGAUAAGAAGAUCAUCGGCGAGUACUGCGGUCUUUGCAAAUACGACAAGGAAGGAAAAGCCCGCAAGGUAUUAUAAUUUUUAUCUUUUUUGAACUUAUUUCAAAUUUUUAAGGUUGUUGGCUGCUCCUGCGCUGUUGUGAAGAGCUACGGUAACGAAGAACAAGGAAAGGCCGUCCUUCAACAUUACUUUGACUCCAAGAAGUAA